ACUGACAUUUUUAUUUGUAGUUUUGUCAAAAUAUUUUACACACGGCAAACAACGCACAUUCGUUUUGUCGUAUCUUAUUUGGAUAUUUAUUAAACAAAAAUAAAUAGUUGCGAAAAUGGUGUUGACAAAGGAAGAGAAGAAAGCCAAGAAGGAGGCGAAAAAAUUGGAAAAGUUACAACAAGAGAUAGAAUUUCGAAAACAGUUAAAACGUGAGGAGCUAGCGCGUGAGAUUGCUGCACAAGCCCUAAGACGAGAUGAACUUGAUAAGAGCUGGCGCGCGAUGAUGCUUAAAAUAAAAGAACCUGUUUUCAGACAAGACAUUGAGGUGAUGUGGCAUGUCUUCGAAAGGGUGUUUGACAAAAAAGAUUACUUAAUCAAACACACGAUGAGACUCAUGGACAUCGCUGAUGAUCAAUUUCAGCGAACUGUUGCAAGUUUCUGUGACACAAUUGACAGGAUGAUCAACAAGUUCUUAUUAGAUUUAGAGGACAUGUCGAAAGAAAAUGAUCGUAGAACAUACGAUCUAUUGAAACGAUCUGACGAUGAGACAACCCAUAUCAUGUCUGAUCAUACAGCAGCCGAAACUCAUUUACAGUUGCUACUGUAUCAUGCUUAUAACACAGCCGACACUUUAGCAUGGACCACGAGAGGUGAGAAUAUGGUGAAAGCAGAUGAGGAACGUAAUAAAUACGCAGAUGAACGUGAAAACUUACGUUCGAUCCUGGAAAACAAUUACAAUGCUAUGUGGGACGAGUAUAAAGCUGUUUUAAGAGCUUAUGUAGUAGGUACAGCAGAGAACCAAAAAGCAGUACGGAAACUACGUCGUAAAGAGAAUUUGAUGGCCGAUAUAAUUGCGUCUCAAGGUAAGAAAAUCGCUAACAGUGAUGGACUUCUUAGACGGUUACGUACAGAAUUGGCAGCUUAUGAAUCUGGAACAAAACAGGCUGCUUUCCGUGACCGUCGAAACAGACAUCGCGACGCCUGCUACAGACUUAAAAAUCAUAUGUAUAAUGGAGUUGCUACAGACGUAAAACAGCUAGCUAUCUUAGUAAAAGUGUCUGAUGAUGCCGUAGAAUGGUUAGAAGCUGCUUACAAAAAAGUAGACAGAAUUCUUCGCAUGGCCGGCCUUUGUCGAAAAUUUGAGACUCAAAGGGAAAAAGUUCUACCCUACGGUUCAUGCAUGCCUCAUUCUCCUAGCCAAGGUAAGAGUAAUGUUCGGAAACAGCAGUCUGACGACUCACUUGUAUUGAAUGCUAUUUCAACAACUAGCGGUUUGACUAGAUUGUGGCAUAGAAUAUCUAGGGCUGAGUUAGCGAAGAGAGCUUUAUUACGAGAAAAACAGUUGCUAGAAGAGGAAAAUGCGCUCAUCUUAAGAAAAGUCCAAGAAUUUAAUGAGAAAAAGAUUACUGUAGAUCCACAAAAAUGUAUAUGUGGUAAAUCCUUGGAACCAAAUCAUAGAGCUUCUACUGUGCACCCAGUUGCAAUAGAUGGUGUUACUGAAGUUAGCAAACUGAAUCUCCAAUCGCAAAUUCGCUAUUAAAAAAAAUUGUGGAGGGUGGGAAGUCAGGUAUUUUAAAAUUUAUUUAAUAAUAAAACUAUUUCACUAUUUAUAUUGUUUUGUUUCCGUGUUGAUACAUCACGAUGCUCAUUAUAACUCUUUCGUCGUAGGUAAAUUGUGACAUAACAUUUUGCAGUUUCACUGGGGUCUUUUGUGACGUUUGGGUGUAUUUCGUCGAUCACGGCGCGGAUCGCGCGAGCGUCGCACGCGCAUGUCGCAAUGAAACAAGACCCUUUCGAGGCGCAAACGAUGACACUUUGACAUUACCUACUUCUUAUUAUAUCAUGGCACAUGCUAAAUAGUUGAGAGGAAAUAAAGUAACUAGUUAAAAAGCAGAACUACUAGAAACAGAACUGAAAUAGGUUCUUUUAGAUUAGUUUGCAAUUAUAUCCGUUUUGAAGUAGAGAAUUAUGCAUAAUUAGGAUUUAGAAUUAGGGUUGUCCUUGAGGAACCAAAAUAAGGUACACGUUUCAGCUAUCAAAAGUUGAAAUCCGAAUCCUGUAACUAAGCCGCGACACAUUACCGCUACUUUCAAAUAUUUUUGGUAUUGUUUACUAUUUCGACCUUGCACUUCGUAUUUGCUCAUGAAAGGAGAACUACUCUUAUUGUCAUAUAAAAAUGAAUUUCGCACGUUAUUCAAAAACUGUUUCGUAACUUUAUUUAAAUAGGUUCAUUAAAAUAAAUGUAAUGUCGGUUUUCAUGAGUUUAAUGAAUGAAAAACCUUAUUGGUCGAUUCUUUCAUAAUUUGACUACAUUUUGAUAGCGUACUUCAACCGUCGCAUCGUGAUUGUCUCAAUUUGUAUGAAUAAAUUAAGUCCUGAGCCCUCAUCAAACCGCUAUUAUACGACGGUAUCGAGAUAAUGUGUAAGUCUUGAAACAAUAAAAUUAUCAUUGAUUCCUAUAACCUGAUCAUUGAUUC